UCAGCUGCUGGGCCGCCGGGACGCCGCGGCCGCGCCAACAUGGCGGCCGAGAUCCACUCCAGGCCGCAGAGCAGCCGCCCGGUGCUGCUGAGCAAGAUCGAGGGCCACCAGGACGCCGUCACGGCCGCGCUGCUCAUCCCCAAGGAGGACGGCGUGAUCACCGCCAGCGAGGACAGAACCAUCCGAGUAUGGCUGAAAAGAGACAGCGGCCAGUACUGGCCCAGCAUUUACCACACAAUGGCCUCCCCUUGCUCUGCUAUGGCUUACCAUCACGAUAGCAGACGGAUAUUCGUGGGCCAGGAUAACGGAGCUGUAAUGGAAUUUCAUGUUUCUGAAGAUUUUAAUAAAAUGAACUUUAUCAAGACCUACCCAGCUCAUCAGAACCGGGUGUCUGCCAUCAUCUUCAGCUUGGCCGCCGAGUGGGUCAUCAGCACUGGCCACGACAAGUGUGUCAGCUGGAUGUGCACCCGGAGUGGGAACAUGCUGGGGCGACACUUCUUCACUUCCUGGGCUUCGUGUUUACAAUAUGAUUUUGAUACUCAGUACGCUUUUGUUGGCGAUUACUCUGGACAGAUCACCCUGCUGAAGCUUGAACAGAACACGUGUUCAGUUAUCACAACCCUCAAAGGGCAUGAAGGGAGUGUUGCUUGCCUCUGGUGGGAUCCUAUUCAGCGGUUACUGUUCUCAGGAGCAUCUGACAACAGCAUCAUCAUGUGGGACAUUGGAGGCAGGAAAGGCCGGACGCUCUUGCUGCAGGGCCAUCAUGACAGGGUGCAGUCGCUGUGUUACCUGCAACUAACCAGGCAGCUUGUCUCCUGUUCCUCGGAUGGUGGGAUUGCAGUGUGGAACAUGGACGUUAGCAGAGAAGAGGCUCCUCAGUGGUUGGAAAGUGAUUCCUGUCAAAAAUGUGAGCAGCCCUUUUUCUGGAACAUAAAGCAGAUGUGGGACACGAAAACGCUGGGGUUGAGACAGCAUCACUGCAGGAAGUGUGGGCAGGCCGUCUGUGGGAAGUGCAGCAGCAAGCGCUCCAGCUACCCGGUCAUGGGUUUCGAGUUCCAAGUCCGUGUUUGUGAUUCCUGUUAUGAUUCCAUCAAAGAUGAAGAUCGGACCUCUCUAGCAACCUUUCAUGAAGGCAAACAUAACAUCUCCCACAUGUCCAUGGACAUUGCUAGGGGACUGAUGGUGACCUGUGGGACCGACCGUGUUGUAAAGAUAUGGGACAUGACGCCUGUGGUGGGCUGCAGCCUGGCAACUGGGUUUUCUCCACACUGAUCCGGGAGCUGGGUGAUAUCAACAGUGGCCUCCACCAAGUGAAAUCCUUCCCAUGUAGCUCCACAGCCACUGUCACAAGCAUGGGCAGUAGCCACCUAAAAACAAAUCAACAUUUUUUAAAAGAAAAAAAUGUAAAGGUGUGUUUUGGGGCACUUGUGGAACUAAUGUGGAAAAGCUCUGUCUGUAGUGGUUCCCUGAGGAAUGAAAUUCAACAGAAAUUCCUCAUGAACAGUGACCUCAUAGGUAAGGAAAGAGUAAUCUUGUAAAUGAGAGUUUUAGAGGGAAAAAUAAAUAGAACAAAAAGUUAAUGCUUAAAUCUUCCUGAAAGCAGUCCCAAGUUCAAAUACAUGUCCACUCAGACUAGCGGGCCUUCAAGGGCCCUUGAGCCUAUUGUUGGAGCAGGUGUUGGGGUCAGGACAACCUGUAUUCCCUUUCUCCAGGUGUGCAGCAGGAACUUAGGAAACCAGAGGUCUCUCCCUGUGGCUGGUAACACAUGAAUAUUCUCUGUCCGUGGUUGCUGAUUAACUUACAGAUGUCUGUUCUCUGCAGGUAGCACCGUACUCUGUGCUUAGCAUCUAGCUCGCUUCAGUUGUUUCUCUUCCAGCCAGUAGCCAUGGGUGACUUUUUCAGUUGUUAUUGAGUUGUGAAAUUUCUCUAGUAACCAAGACAGUCCACAUUUUUCCCUUUCCCUCAAAUGUGCUGAGGGCAUAGCUUUAUUAUGGUGCUGUUAACUAGAGUCACACAAACACCCGACGCGUUCUCAUCAGCUAGUAGUGACUAAUGAAGACCCAGCUGCCAUAUGGUGGUGAUGGGAAAGAGCAGUCUGCCUCAUGGAGCCCAGUCCUCCUUCAGACCUGUAGUCCCAAGACGGGCCCCUGCGAGAUUGUGGGAAUUUAAUAUGCUCCUCAGAAAAGCACUCCAGGGCUUGUAAGUGAUGCUGACUUUUAGUUGUAACUGGUAUUAUCCAUGUCAUAGGAGGGAGUUAGUGGCCCACAGCUGUAAUGGGUGACCAUCAGGUCCUGCUCAGUAAUCCCUAACUUUUAGAUCAUCUUCACAACUGCCAAAAGCUAUUGUUUAAAAUGCAUUUUAAAGCUUUUGACCAAGAGUACUAGAAUGAGGAAGAGGCAGGGAAUGGGAACCCGUCUUUUAAUAGUCCGAUAGUUCUCUGUCUGUUGCCUUAACAGCACGUGUAUCUUUGGUUUUGGGUUAUGGAAGUGAGUGCAGAAAGACUUACUUUUUGAAAAGACUGAUGUAAAAAUAGUUAGCAACAAUAUCUCUGUUAUGGAUAUGGAUUAAAAAAACUUCUGCAUCACUGCAGUGGGAUCAUAUCAAGACAAUGUCAUCAUUCUGUUUGAUAACUAAAGGACUAAAUCUGCUUUAUAAACAUGGU